AGACUCCUGGAAGCAGCAGCAGAAGUCUUCAGGAAACAUUUCCAUACCUCAGGAACCUGGAGAGUUUAGUGAAGACACACCUGAGGGGGUGGGAUCUGGAGGUUAAAGGUCAGACGGCUGAUUAUCGACACAGAACAUCAGUCUUUCUCUGAGGGACCUGCAGAGGACGUCCAUAUCAUGGGCUGCAACAUGUGUGUGGUCAAGCGGCCGGAGGAGCAGUACCGGAUCAUGUUCCAACAGAAAGGCUGGAGUGACUCCCUGCGGCCGAUGGACAGACACGGAAACGUGAAGGUCCGAGGACGGAGGCCCUCUCAGCUCCCACUGGAGAAAACGCAAAACUCCCAGGAGCCUUUGCACCAACUGGGGUCGGUCCGCAAGAGUCACAGGAGGAAAGGUACGUUAGUGUGCGGCGCUAAGGGGGCCGGCAGCGGCUCCAUCUACUCUGUUGCCAUGGUGCCGAUCCCCGACUGCAUCGACAACGCCACGCAGACGGACAUCAGCUUCCAGAACAUGGCGCCGCUGGGGAGGAGCAGAGAGCACCACCAACACCACCAGGGGCGGGGGGGCAGCUCCUCCAUCCAUCCACCUGCACCUUCCCCCCUCCCUCACCUCGAGGGGCCCGAUGCGAUCGAUUACUACUGUGUGUUUGAGUACAACGACCCCGAUGACUACUUCGACGUCUCCAACCACCAGGUGGACAGACAGGAUGACCUGGAGUACGAGGAGGUGGAGCUGUACAAAUCGAGUCAGCAGGACAAGCUGGGUCUGACAGUGUGCUACAGAACCGACGACGAGGAGGAUCUGGGGAUCUAUGUCGGCGAGGUUAAUCCAAACAGCAUAGCCGCCAAGAAUGGACGCAUCAGAGAGGGCGACCGAAUCCUACAGAUCAACGGAGUGGACAUCCAGAACAGAGAGGAGGCGGUGGCAGUUCUGACCCGAGAGGACAGCAUUAACUUCUCCCUGCUGCUGGCCCGGCCCGACAUAGAGAAUGACGACCCUGCUGGUCCAGAGGAGGACAUGGAGCUGACUCUGGAAGUAGGAAGCUUUCUCACAGACCCUCAAUCCUCCGCCGCUUACCGCCUCUGUCGGGGCAGAGGCCUUGGCUGCCCGGAGGAAGCAGGUGAGGUGGACGGGGACGAGGAUGGAGAGAGAGAAGAAAAGGAGGACGGAGACCCCCCGGUGUCCCUCCCUCCGCCCCUCAGCCUGGCUCCUCUGCUGUCCAACAGCCAGGAGCUGGACAGCGGGGUGGGCCGGACGGACGACAGCACCCGCUACGAGGAGUCGUCAGAACACGACCUGCUGGGUGAUCAGACCAGCGCCUGCAACACCAACACCACCAACACCCCCGGCAGCGCCAGGAAGUUUAGACCGGGACCAAGCCCCAGACCGAGUCCUAGACCAAGCCCCGGCCUGAGCCCUGGCCGAGGAGACACCACCCCUCCUUACCUCCACCUGCGAGACCUUCAGCUCAGCUCAGACUCCCUCCCUGGCCUGGAGUGGGCAGCGGGCCCCCACCACCACCACAAGCUCCACCACCAUCAGCCCCCUCUGAGCAUGAUGAUGCCCGGUCUGACGGAGGAGGAGUGCCAGCGGUACCAGGAGCUGCUGGAGGUCAAGUGCCAGUUUGAGAAACGCAACAAAAAGAGAGAGGCCGAGGGGAAGGACCCGGGGGAGCGAACGGAAGAGGAGGAUUCUUCUUCAUUGGUGGACGUGAGCUUUAACGCCACUCUGAGCGAGCACGAGAUGGCGCUGAUCGAGGAGGAGCUACGCCACCUGGAGUUCAAGUGCCGCAACAUCCUGCGAGCGCAGAAAAUGCAGCAGCUAAGAGAGAGGUGCCUGAAAGCCUGGAUGAUGGAGGAGGAGACGGCCGGGCGACCUCGCCCCCCUGAAGCAGGUUUGGACAACGGCGGCGAGGACAUGGACGACGAUGACCCUCAUCGCCACGAGUUGUCGGCCAUCAACGAGCUCCCGGAGCGACCUGACGACAAAGACAGUACCAGCGCCUACAACACCGGCGGGGAGAGCUGCCGCAGCACGCCACUGGUCAGCACCGAGCAGAUCCCGCCUCUCCAGGAAGAGGAGGACCACGUCGGUGGGCGGAUGAUGUCCCCGCCUCCUCUUCUCCCCCUUGUUCGCCUCCCCCCUCUGAACUCCCCCCUCACCCCGCGGCGUCGCGGGCGGGACAGAGAGAGGCGGCACUCCAACCUCAGUGGGUCCUUCUCACCUGGCACUUACAGGAAGUGCGAGACAGCCAAUGGAAACUUGCCACAAGGCUCAAGCUCCACCCCCUGCACUCCCUCCAAAUUCAGGUCUCUGACCAGAGAGGCGGGAUCAUCCAGAGGAGGUGUGGCUGAUGGGGGGCGGGGCUCCAGAGCAGGUGGCGCCGCCGACAGGCCCGGAGGGGGAAGUGCAGAGUCCAGUCCGUAUUUCAGCAGAAGACGCCAGAGUCACAACAAACCGUUGGACCGCUACCAGAGCUGCAUGACGCUGCCCUCUGAAGGCCUGGUGGACCCGCUGGACCGAGUCCGGGACAGAGCGAGAGCCGAGGGCGAGGAGAGGGGGAGGGGAAUGGACAGCAGCUGCCCUGCCAGCCCCAGGAGCGUGAACAGCGCCCCCUGUGGUCUGGAGAGCCACCAGGCAGGCGCCUCGCGGUUAGGACUGGCUCUACCGCUCGGGCUGACGCACUCAUCGCCGACGGCCUCACCGCAGCGUAUGGAGUGGAAGGUGAAGGUCCGGAGCGACGGCACUCGCUACGUGGCCAAGCGGCCGGUCAGGGAUCGGCUCCUAAAGGCCAGAGCCAUGAAGAUCAGAGAGGAACGCAGCGGCAUGACGACCGACGACGACGCGGCCAGUGAGAUGAAGCAGGGCCGAUACUGGAGCAAGGAGGAGAGGAAGCAGCAGCUGCUGAGAGCCAGAGAAUACCGACGAAGAAGAGAGUUCAUGAUGCAAAGCCGCCUGGACUACCUCAAAGGAGACAGGGACACUUCCUCACCAGCAAUAGGUGCAGAAGACCCCCGUUCAGGAACACUUCCCCCACGACAGGAAAACCACAUCCUGCUUCUGAGCCAGAAGAAGACCUCGAAGAAGAGGAACCGUCGCAUCCUCGACAACUGGAUCACCAUCCAGGAGCUACUGGCCCACGGAUCCAGGUCGCCGGAUGGGAAGAAGAUCUACAACCCUCUGCUCUCUGUGACCACGGUGUGACCUGAGGUCACCGAGGAGGAGGAGCAAACCAAGAGAUGACCGGACAAAGGACAUCAGAAACAUUACUGAUCUGGACAGACUGGACAGUGGGACACUUUUACGUGACGAAGGUAGGAGGGAGAAAGUGGAAGAUAGAAGGAAAGGAAACAGGAGAGAUCGCAGCGUAAGGGAAGAUGUUCGGCGGGGAACGCUUUAAUGUCACAGUAGACUCUGGAAGUCCUGAAGAUGUGGGGUCAAAUGUUUCAGAUAUUGGGUGUGGAGUGGUCCUUUGUUCCAUCCAGCUGUGGACCGCGUCAAUCAGAACUUCUCCAACCAGGAGCCAGGUGAUGCAGUUCAGCCUCACUGGAACCCCGCAGGUUUUCAGAGCCUUCAGUCUCACCGUGGACACAGAGACACACAGCAGGAACACAGCGAUUUGAGGGAUGACAAGCUUUGAGAGGAGAACUGCCAUGUAGAAAGGAACAUUCCAGAGAAUCCAAAUCAAAGUGUCUUUCUCCUCAAAGGCCACUGAAUGUACAUACAUCUAACCCCUCUGCAGAAGUAUUAUUGAUACACCUGGUGGGAGAUGUUACCGUGGACUACGGCUACACAAUGUUUUGUUUGUUUGUCUCCAGCAGCGACUUUCUGCACACGAAACAAAAGGAAUCCAGUGUUUUCCGUUGAAUGCAGUCUACCCACGUUUCAUUAAUGUCACUUGGUGUGUGGGCAGCACAGGACUUCAGCAACAAAAGCUCGUUAAAAUCUUCAUUUGAUUCAAGAUUUUGCUGCAAAAUCAAAUAGUUUACAGGAUAUUCAACCUUUGUUUCUGUAUAAUACUUUAUUUUCAAAGCUUGUGCAAAAACAAUGAAGUAUAAAUAGGAUAUAUGAGUUUACAGAUAAUUGCAUCUUCCUCCUCCUCCUCCUCCUCCAGUCUGUGUGACUUUCACUGCUUUUGUCUGUGGGCCCUCUGGCAUUGUGCUGAUAACACGCUACUGUGGCUCGCAGGAAUAUCAACAAUCCACACGUUGUGACUGCACCACUCAUAUCUUUACUAGCCAUGUGUUUCUGAUUAAAAAGAGUAAUACAGAGAGCAUGAAGGUCACCAUAGACGAGUGCAGCAGAUUUAUUUAUAUAAAAUAAAAUGAAUAUUACAAUACUGUGCAGCUUUGCUAUUGACAAAGUGUUCAGCACUCAACACAUGUGCAUUUAAGGAAAAUAUCUCCACUUUUAUAUCUGAGAUCUCAUUGAUCUGUGACUUAAUUUACAGGUGCGUUAUUUGUAAAUCACUUUCCCAAAAUGCCUUGUGAGACUCCUUGUGGGGAUAAAGGUACAUUACUAGUAUCUGCUCAUGUGGGAAGAGAACAUGAUGUAGUCAAAUGCGAUAUAUAUAUAUAUAUAUAGUCAAAUGGUGUAUAUGUGUAGGUCAAACUGUUCAUAUGAAGUUACUAAACGUGUUGCUCAUGGAGUAUUGGGCAGCAGGGGGGCUCACGGGGUGGGGCUUCGGAGCUUGGUUGUGUCCAUCAUUUUGUGUAAAAUAAUAUAUCAAUACUGAGUAACAAAACAUGCAUGGUUUAAGUAUUGAACAUUUUGGAUUAUUGGAAAGCAUUCUUGAAUCUAACGUGGUGUAGUGUACAAAACGAUGUGAAGACAGAAAACAUG